AUGGGUUCGUUGGGAGGGAUUGCUGGCUCGAGUGGAGGGUGGGGAGGAGCUGGGGUUCUGGGUUCAUGGGGGCUGGGGUGGAGGGUGGUUGUUGGAUGGGUUUGGGGGUUGGAGCUUGAGGGUGGUGGCCAUGGGGGAAUGGAGAGAGAGAGAGAGAGAGACAGACAGACAGACAGACAGAGACAGACAGAAGGAACACAAUCUUCAAAACCUUCCCUUGUGACACAAUUGGCUUUAUUUUGA